AAAACCAAACCUGAGGUAGUUUUUAAUAUUGGGCUCAUAACAUCUGAUCUGAGCACUCUUCAUGUCGUUGUACUAAUAGCAAUCAAUAUUAGCUCCCUGGAAAAUGUUAGUGUAAAGAUAACUCAGUAAAGAAACAGCACAGGAAAAGAUUAAUAUAGAAUUUUAAUGAUUAAUUUGUAAAUGGGUGCCUUCACUUGCUGAAACAAUGGCAGUGUCCAAUGGAAAGGAGUACAGGGAGCUGAGGUGCCCCAGGAGCACAGGGAGCACCCGUAGUUCUGCAUCCCUCCUCAAGGGUUUGUCUCUAGUUACACACAAAAGCUCAUCAGGCAGCUCCAAAAGCAACGAUGCAUAUUAGAAACUUCUCACUGAAUUGAAAUACUGAAAUACCUGAGAAAGAGCAGGAUGAUGAAAAAGAUGCUUCUUGCUUGCACCUAAAUUAUGGUGAUUAUAGCAGUGACAAGCUGGGCAUGAAAGACAAAACAUCAGCAGCUGUGUAACCCACUCAAACAACUGUGAAUUCAGCUCGCUUACGACAGAAGGGGGCUUGUGAUUCCUUUGCAAAAGGGCAGUGGCCUCUGGCAGCAGCCUCUGUGGGAGUGCCAGUGGUAGAGGAAGGAUGGCAGCAACCAAAGCAUCCCCUCUUGCGCUGCUUGGCUUCCUGCGUGCUUCUUCUGCUGUCUGUUCUGGUUUCAUCCUCUCCCUCCUGUCUGCCAGCACCAGGCAGCCUGGGGGCAUGGAGAGCAGCUGUCCCAGUGCUCCGAGGGAGGAGGCGGCCCUGCAGGAGGGCCCUGUGGCGCUGCCGGGCAGUGGAAAACCACACCUGUGGUGACCAUUCCCUCUCUAUCCCCAGCGCCACACUUGGCAGCUCUCCCUCCCUCCUCAGCAGCAGAAAAUGAACUGGGUCGGCGGGAGCCGGAGCAGAAUCAUACUAAAGCAGGAAAGGAGAAAGCAAAAGGAAUUCUUUGAAAAGAAGAAACUUAAAUCAAAGAUGAAGCUUCUGGGAGUGUCAUCUCCUGGAAGUUCAGCAGUCAGUUUAGAUCUCCUCAAUCUAUAUGUUGUGAAUCAGAUAUCAACCAAAAAAGACAACUCUGCGUGCAUGAGGAAGCCAGUACACAUUGAUAUUACUGAAGAUGUAAAAAUACCUGCUAGGAGGCACAACAUAGAGCUUCCCACGUCACCAUUGCAUACACAACGUAUGCCUAACUUAGAUGACAUCCAGAACAGGUUACAAAAGCAAGUUUUGGACAGCAGAAGGCAGCAUCUCUCCGAGAAAAUAAAAUGCCAGCAUAAUUUACCACAAGUAACAUAUGCUGACUCUAGUAUGGAAUGUGAAGACAGCACAGCAAGUGCUUUUAGUGCCUGUCCAUUGUCUUCUUCUGUUUGUUGGUCCUCUAAUUGUACACAACUUUCAGAAGAAAAUUUGAGCACAAACCUAAUGGGUCACACUUGGGAACAGACCUAUGAAGAGAAGCUGCAAACCCAGCCAGGAAAUAGUUCUGAUCAAGACCCUUGUGUUACAGAACCUCCAAGCCCGUGUAUUUUCAGAAAGUCUGAUACAGUGCCUCAGGAACUGUUAAAGCCAUUGCACAGGCUAGACUAUAUGAAUUUUUCCAGGAAAAAUCCAGUGAUAAUGACCAAAAAUGAAUCAGAAGACAGUGAAGGAAUAGAAGACACAUUGUUUGAUGUUGUGAAAGAAACUUCAGAACUGAAACCUGAACAAGAUGGAAGUGAUUGUUCCUUUCUGGCACUGUUUGAAGAUGAGAGCAAACCAAUCAAUAUUAAUCGUCCCACAAAGCAUUUUAAUCCUUUUGUUAACCAAAGCAGCACUGGCAUGUUUUUCAUGGAUCCUGAUGACAGACAUGAAAUGACCAAUAAAAAUCAUCCUUACUAUGCUAGAGAAGCUUAUCCUGCAAUCAAUGAAAAUAAUAAUUCUGUAGACAGACACCUUGAAGGCAUUUUCACGGCUCCAGAACAGGUUUUACUUAAAAGUAACAAUGUCUUAAGUGCAAGCUGCCAGAAAAGCAGUGACCUUCAUAACACUCACCUGCAGGACUGUCACGAGGGACAGCACUACUUCAUAGCCUCUGAAGAGAAAGGAGCGCCUUCAAACCUUGAGAAAAUUGAAACUUCUGCUUAUCACCAUGAUCAGUGGAUUAACUUACAGGAGAGUGUGCAGAACUAUUCAAGACAAAAAAGUGACGAGUCUGUGGGAGAAUCAGCCUGGAGACAGAACCAGCUCUUUGGAUUUGAAAAGUUCACAACAGCACACGAGAAAGAGUUCAGCGUGAGUUCCAGUCUCCGCCAGAUGAAGAAGGAUGUGGAGUCAUCACUCAGCAGCCAGUCUCCCAUUUACUCCCCAAGGCAGACAGAGAGCUAUUUCAGCUCCAGUCCUGACAUGUCUGAAGAGGAAGACAUAGCCCAAAAGAUGAAAUAUAGGGAUGAACAGUCUUUGAAGAAAGAUGAUGCCAACCUAGCUCCAGCAAGCACAGAGCCGCCUAAGACUUCUCACACUGGAACUGUGCCUCUCCAGCCCAGCAGUAUUUUGACUAGAGAAGAAGCAAACCACCCUCAUGAGAAAAACUCUACUUUAUGUGCGCCAGAGGAGGAAAAUAAAGCCCACACUGCCCCAUCUGAGGGCAGCUCGUUACAUCAAGCCCAUAAGGGAGAGCCUGCCACUCACAGUAGCAGGCGCGAUGUCUGGGUACAGACGGAAGGCUCUGUGACACAAAUAAGUAAGGUGGAUGCUGCCACCCAGUGUGGCCCUACACCGGUGUGCAGCUGUGGGCGCUCCAUCCCCGCGGCCCCUAGCACCGCUGGAGGGCACAAAAUGCCAGCGCAGGAGGAGCUGCAGCCUCCAGGCUCCGGCACCGCGGCAGCACCCGCCGCGUUUUCUCCUGAAACCGAGUAUCUGAGUUUAGCUGGCAGAACGACUCUAGAGAUUCUGAACUACAUUGAUAUAAUGAAGAGAAAAGCAGUGACAAGCUAGGACAGCACGUAAGGAAUACAGAAUUUUUGUCCUGUUCUCUGUGUGCUUCAUUUAACUGGCUUAUUUGGGGUUUUCUAUCCUGUUUGGAC